CAGAGAACACGUAUUCUUCCAAUACCCGAUGCGAUGCCAAAUUGUCACCAAUAAUCAGGUUUGCCUGGUUUGCAGAGGAAACAAAAACAGAGUCACUGCCUCAUAUGCAAUGUCCAAAAUCAAUGAUAGAGAACUGUCUAGCGGUAAAGCGACAUAGGAAAACAACUUCCAUCGUCCAAUCCAUAGGACAGACGAGGAAAGUACUUAUCUGCUACCUGUCUAAUUGGAUAAUGGAUAAGGUAGCGCUUGAAAUGAUAUGUAAGAAUGUGUAUGGAGCUGUACGAACAUGAAGUGGGAUUCAGGUUGUCCUGGUCAUUGCAGUAUGGAUUCUCCUUCCGUUCUUUCUUUUACCAAGGUCAGUCAUUAUCCAUAAGACUCGGGCUACCAGUCACAUACAGUCAGCGAAAACGACAAAAAAGGUGGUGGUCACUUCUUGGCUAUUCUUGGAGCAAGAAUGGCCAAGUGACCUACUGCUGUGACACACCGGUUAGCGACAGCAAUGGCAAUGUCGUUUGUCCGAACAACGAGUCAUCGUUCACAUUGGACGGAACACAUGCAGUUCCUGGUCGCGUGCUUCUGAGCAGCUUAUCCAACUUUUAUGUUUCGGGCUCGGUACCGUCUUCCUCCGCGUCUCCUUCCCUCCUCCCGAAUUCAACGGCAUCUCCAAGCACUGGCAAUAGCAAUACAAAUCAUGACGUUGCAAUAGGGGUGGGCGUUGGAGUUCCGCUGGGGGUGACCGUAUUAAUACUUCUAGUAUGGACCUUCCUUGAGCGGGAGCGAGCACAGGCUUCAAAUGCAAAACUAGCGAGGCAAUUGGAAUAUUCGAAAGUGCUCAGAUGAGGAUCAUCGCCACCGCUUGGCUUUCCGGAGUUGAUAUUUCAUGGCGCUGUAUGUUUGCUUUUUAUCUCUUCGCCUCCAGUGCAUCUUGCCAUUCUUAUCCCGC